AAUAUCGAAACAUUAUUAUCGAUAUUCAUUGAUAUCGAUAAUAUCGGAACAUCCCUACCCCUACCCCUAGUGGUAAUGGUAAACGCUAAACGGUUGAGAAACGUUUUUACAAAAAAUAUUUCACCGUCAAAUAAAGGCUCCAGUGGAAAGAAGAUGGGUGAAGAAUCAGAAAAGACUGACAAAGAAGAACCAAAAGCGGCAGACGUGCCCAAAAAAUCAAGAGGACGGAAAAAGUUGCAGUAUCAAACGCUGAAAAAGCAAAUGGAGUUCUAUUUCAGUGCUGCAAAUUUGUCCAAAGAUCGGUUUCUAGCACAAUUAUUGAAAGACUCGAAAUAUGUUGAUUUGAAUGUGUUCCUCAACUUCAAUAAGAUAAAGAGUCUCACUGAUAAUAUCAAAGAUAUUGCCAACGCUAUUCAAAGCUCGGAUCUGCUGCAGUUGACGGAAUGUGGCACAAAGGUUUGCCGGGUAAAACCACUUGAACAGAAACAAAACUCUGAGGAAUGCACCAUUUAUGUUGAAAAUAUACCAGCAAAAACGGAUCAUGACUUCCUGUCAGUCGUCUUCUCAGUCUAUGGAGAGAUUGAUUAUGUGUCCAUACCUCGCUUCAAAAUCAGUAAAAAGAAUAAAGGUUUCGCAUUUAUUGAGUUCAAGGAACCCGAGAGUGUUGAAAAAGCAAUAACAGCAUUCAAAGGAUUUGGCAACCAUCUUCUGGAUAAGAUCGAACCAGCUCAGCUGUGCAGUAUUAAGACAUUCAACGAAGAAAAAGAGCUGGAAAACGCUAAAAAUCUCGAAAAAACUGGAACCCACCACAAACGAUUUGACGAAGAUGAUGGUCUUGAAGCUGAUGAUAAUGUUGACCAAGUAAAGACUGAAAAUAAGGUUGAUGAGACAGAUUGUUCCAACAAGAACAGUGCAAAAGAGGAGGUAGAAGAUAAGGCAGAAGAAAAAUCUGAGAAGGAAGAAAGAAAACGAGAUAAGAAGAAGAGAAAAGUAAAGUUGGAAACUGAAUCUAGUGAUGAACCCAAAGCGAAGAAAACGAAGAAGGAAGAAUCUGAAUCAGAAAGUCAUUCGUCUAAAAAUAAAAGAAAAAUCAGUGCUGGUUCUGAUCAAGAAACGGGAAACGAAUCGGAGAAGAUUGAACACAUCAGGGUAGAAAGUGGUGAUGAACAGCCAAAGAAGAAGAAAAAGAAGGAGGAAGAAGCGGAAGCACUUGAAAGUCAUAAGAAAGGGAAGAAGAAAAAGAAAAAGAAGAAGAAUAAGAAAAAGUGCUCCAUGUCAGGAGGAGAGAGUGAGUCUGAAAAUGUGAAAGAAAGAGAGCUUGAAAAUGACACACAUACAGGAAGGGAAGAAGAUAUUUUAUUUAGACAAGAUCAACAGGAAACUGAAGAUAACUUUGUCCAGGAGACAUCCAACAAUGAAGAUGAAUUUGAUGAGUUUGAUACAGAUAUGAAGAAGAAGCAUCGUAAGAGAAAUAAAUCAAAAAGAGAAAAAGCAUACUCGACUCUUCAAAUUAUGACCAAGAAAGAAUGGAAAGUGAUGAGAAAUAAAUAUUUGAAUGAGCAAAAAAAGAGGAUGGGCACCUUGAAAAAACAUUUGCAACAGAAACGAUGGGAGUAUUACAAUUCUAACAAAGAGGAAAAUAUGGAGGAGACAGAAGUAAAACAAGAAGAGAAGCCACAAAAUGAGAAGUCGUCGGAUGGAAAAGUCAGUUACCAGGCAGGCAUAAUCGUCAAAAUAGUCAUGGAUGAGCCUAUUGCUGAUAAAGAUGCAUUCAAGAACGAUUUGAAAAGGAAGCCCGAUAUCAAAUACAUAGAUGUGAAAGAAUGUUCAAAUACUGCUCAUCUGAGAUUUGCAUCAACAGAAGCUGCUCAGCAGUUUGUUCAGAACAGUACUUGGUCAGGCACCACUGUACUCGAAGGGUCCGAGGAACAAGACUAUUGGGACAAAGUGUGGAAAGACAGAGAAGCCAAAAUCAAUAAGAAUAUUAGAAAGCCAAAGAAUGGAAGGAAGAAGCUUCUAGAAAAAGCUGAGAAAAUGCAAGCCAUGAUGCAUAUACGGUUUGAUUAAAUGUAGACGAUUCCUGUUGGAAUAAACCAAAUGAUGAUGUACAGACGGACGAACAUUUCAACACCGGUGCACUAAACAUUCACGACUUGGCAGCAUUGCAGUCCACCUACUAUUCUGGAUUAUUCGAUUUUUAUUUUUUCUGCUAAAAUUGAAAUUUUAUGACGGGAUGAGCACUAGCUUAAGACAUAAUAUUGAUUUUGAAAUAGUUGCCUCUUAUGAUUCUAAGAUCUCUCUGCUUGUUAUUGAUACAAACAUUACCAAUUUUUCAAUUGAAAAUACUCGCAAAGUACUUGGGAACUGAUUAACCGAAUUUUAUUGAAUUAAAACUAUAUCUAUGCAAUAGGUAACUUACUGCAUUCUUCUGUAUAAAUGUUUUGCCAUAUGAAUAAAGCUUCACUCGCAUUAUAGUAAUGAAUAAGACACGGUACAGCAAGGGUCAGGCAACAUAAUCUGCAACUUUUAUCUGUUUAGGUAAUGUUAAUCCCGUUGACUAAAUUCAUUUAACCAAUACUAGAUCGUUGAUUCGCUGACUUAUCAUUUCAUAGAGAAUGAGAUUUUUGGGUAGAAAGGAUUUGUCAUAUAUUUUAUUUUAUCGGUGCUGACGAUUUGUUUUUUUAUAAUUGUUUGGCUUAUGAAAAAAUGUCGAAUAGAAAGCUCAGCGGUUUCCUCUAUGAUAGAACUCCAUCUUAAAAAGCAUUUUUCCAAGUCAAUGUGUGUUGCGUAUCAUAAGAUAACUUUCCUGUAAUUGAUGUAGGGAAUGAAUUCUUAGGGAAUUUCCAAGCAGACAAGGAUAUAUUCUUUGAAUGUUGUAUGGACUUACCAUCGAAAACUUGAAUUUCGAAUAAUUAAUGUGAUAUUAAUUUGGAGCAUUAGAUUUUAGUCUGUAUUAUUAAUUUGCUGUUACAGAUUAUUAAGUGUAAAUGUAUUAUUAUUGUGGUCGGAUUAUAUAAAAAGAUUGAAAUUGAAA